AUGCCACUCAAGAAUUCAUUGCAUCGUCGGAAUCAUAAAGAGCGCUCGCAGCUCGCGCACCGGCAAAAACUCGGUAUACUCGAGAAGCACAAGGACUAUGUUUUGCGUGCUCGCGAUUACCACUCGAAGCAGGACCGACUUAAGCGGCUCGCGCAGAAGGCGGCGGAGCGCAACAAGGAUGAGUUCUACUUUGGCAUGAACAGGCAGCGAACGGAGGGCGGUGUACAUGUACAUGACCGCGGCAAUGUCGCGCUGCCGGCCGAUAUUAUCAAGGUACUCAAGACGCAGGACGAGAAUUACAUUCGUACUAUGCGCGCGUCAAGUAUGAAGAAGAUAGAAAAGCUUCGUGCGCAGCUGGGUGGGGAUGCGGACAUGAGGGCACCUGGAGCGCUAGAGGGACUUGAAGAGGAGGAGCUCGAGGUGUUGCGCGAAGCGGGAAUCAUUGCCGGACCAUCUGGCACUAAAAAGGGGAAGAAACGAAACCCUGGUCAUAUUGUAUUUGCAGAGACUGAGGUGGAGGCACGGCAAACCGCGGCUCAAUUGAAGGGAAAGGGCCGUGCGAGCGAGGUGGAGGAGAUGGAAAUCGACACGAAAACGAAACCCUUGUCUGGCUUGGGAUGGAAGAUGCCGAAUGAGAAGGGAAAGAAGAGGAGGACUACGUCUGAGGAGGAUGAGGAUAACAAUGUCGGAUCACAAAAUCUAUCUGCAGGCCAUCGGACAAGAUUGCUCAAAGAGUUAUCGGCACGAUUGCACCGGGAUCGAAUGUUGCGAUACGCCGCACGGGAACUAGAGAUGCAGCGGCUUUUGAUGAACAAGGGCGGUUCGAAGAAGCUGGAGGGCGUACAGAAGGUCGGGGACGUAGAUGGCGGGGACGAGUCGGAUGAUAGCCUCGAUGAUCGACCGCGUCCAGCCAAACGGGUAGACGAGAAAGUGUAUAAGCCCCGGGUGUACAAGUGGAGGGCGGAGAGGAAGAAAUGA